UGUAUAUAUAUAAUCAAUCCACAGUCCCACUUAUCUCACACUACUCACACUCGCGCACUCUACCAGACUCAUCAAUGGCGGCUUCUACCUCCUUCGCCCCGUCUGUGGCCGCUGCUGCUGCUGCAUAAUCUUCAUCCAAAAACCUAAAACCAACCUUCAAAACCCUAGGUACGAAUCUAGGGUUUCUUUAUUCAUCAUCUUCAAAGACAUACUUAAUGCCACUCAAAGCUCGAGUCAUGUCUUGCAAUGGGGCUGGAUCGAGCUCAGGCUCAACUCCCGGGGCUCGUAUGGUCGCUACGCCUGAGCUUAAGCCUCUCACGUCGCUCGAUUUCGAAACCUCCGUCUUCAAGAAGGAGAAGAUCAGUCUCGCGGGGCACGACGAGUACAUUGUGAGAGGAGGGAGGGAUUUGUUCCAUUUGCUACCAGAUGCGUUCAAGGGUAUCAAGCAAAUUGGUGUUAUCGGUUGGGGAUCGCAGGGCCCUGCUCAAGCUCAGAAUCUAAGGGAUUCUCUUGCAGAAGCAAAAUCAGAUAUUCUGGUCAAGAUUGGUCUUAGGAAGGGUUCUCGUUCUUUUGGGGAGGCUCGUGCUGCUGGUUUCAUUGAAGAGAAUGGAACCUUGGGUGAUAUAUGGGAAACUAUAUCGGGCAGCGAUUUGGUGCUGCUCUUGAUUUCUGAUGCAGCACAGGCUGAUAAUUAUGAGGAAGUGUUCUCCCACAUGAAGCCAAACAGCAUACUUGGGCUUUCCCAUGGGUUUCUUCUUGGACAUUUGCAGUCAAUGGGCCUUGAUUUCCCUAAAAACAUCAGUGUAAUAGCUGUAUGUCCCAAGGGAAUGGGUCCGUCUGUCAGGAGACUCUAUGUUCAAGGCAAAGAGAUAAAUGGUGCAGGAAUCAAUUCCAGUUUUGGCGUCCACCAGGAUGUUGAUGGCAGAGCAACGGAUGUUGCCCUUGGAUGGUCUGUUGCCCUUGGUUCUCCUUUUGCAUUUGCCACAACUCUAGAGCAGGAGUACAAGAGUGACAUAUUUGGAGAGCGAGGCAUUUUACUCGGUGCUGUACAUGGAAUUGUGGAAUCCUUGUUUAGAAGAUAUACUGAGAAUGGAAUGAGUGAAGACCUUGCUUACAAGAACACUGUUGAAUGCAUAACAGGGAUAAUCUCGAAAACCAUAUCAACUAAGGGUAUGUUGGCUGUCUACAAUUCUCUGUCGGAAGAUGACAAAAGGGAGUUUGAGGCUGCAUAUAGUGCCUCGUAUUAUCCCUGCAUGGAGAUCUUAUAUGAGUGCUAUGAAGAUGUUGCCAGUGGUAGCGAGAUUCGCAGUGUUGUCCUGGCUGGGCGUCGCUUUUAUGAAAAGGAUGGUCUACCAUCUUUCCCUAUGGGCAAAAUUGAUCAGACACGGAUGUGGAAAGUAGGUGAACGAGUUCGAGCAACACGUCCAGGAGGUGACUUGGGGCCGUUAUUUCCUUUCACUGCAGGUGUCUACACAGCAGUUAUGAUGGCCCAGAUUGAGAUUCUGAGGAAGAAAGGGCACUCCUACUCAGAGAUCAUCAAUGAAAGUGUGAUUGAGUCAGUGGAUUCAUUGAAUCCUUUCAUGCAUGCCCGUGGAGUUUCUUUCAUGGUUGAUAAUUGUUCAACAACAGCACGGCUAGGAUCAAGGAAGUGGGCACCACGUUUCGAUUACAUUCUCACGCAGCAGGCCUUCGUAGCGGUGGACAAUGGUGCUCCCAUCGACCGUGACCUGAUCAGCAACUUCCUAUCAGAUCCCGUGCAUGGGGCCAUUGAAGUCUGUGCCGAGCUGAGACCUACAGUUGACAUCUCUGUGCCCCCAGAUGCCGAUUUUGUCCGCCCUGAGUUGCGCCAAUCUGUCAACUGAAUUGCCGUUAUUUAUUCUUUUUUCAUCGGAUCUCCUUCUAUGGAUUGAAAAAACAUAAUAAUUUGUGAUACAGCAAUAGUAGGGUAAGAAGAAACAGUUGCAGUUAGCUCCUAUUAUAUAAAUAAAUGGACAAAGGAUAACUAUGGAUAUGAAACUAAAGAAUGGCAGUAAUAAAUUUGUUUUUCCCUA